CAUUCGUUCUGCAGGCUGGCUGUCAUCUGGUGUCGUCGUCGGGCAACAAAAUCUUCGUGACGUGGAAAAUUUUUCGGCAAACAUUAAACCCCGCAAAUCGCGAGUGUUUCGGUGUAAUUUGUGCAAUUUCCGGUGCGAUCCGUGUACGAGUCGGUCCAGCCCACAUCCGGAACGUACGGUGGACGGUGAAAAGGUCCGAAAAUGAGUUCCUUCAAGAGAGACAAGAAGGAGGAGGAAGAAGGCGGAAGCAAUCCCUUUCUGAACCUGGAGAAGACUUCCGUGCUGCAGGAGACGCGGAUGUUCAACGAGACUCCGGUCAAUGCUCGGAAAUGUACCCACAUUUUGACCAAGAUUCUGUAUCUUAUCAACCAGGGCGAACAACUGGGCUCGCGCGAGGCCACCGAGUGCUUCUUCGCCAUGACCAAGCUGUUCCAGUCCAAGGACGUCAUCAUGCGCCGCAUGGUCUAUCUGGGCAUCAAGGAGCUGAGUCCGAUCGCCGAGGACGUGAUCAUCGUGACUUCCUCGCUGACGAAGGACAUGACCGGCAAGGAGGACCUUUAUCGGGCGCCGGCCAUUCGUGCGCUGUGUAGCAUUACGGACAAUACGAUGCUGCAGGCUGUGGAGCGGUACAUGAAGCAGUGCAUUGUGGAUCGGAACGCGCCGGUGUCGAGUGGGGCGUUGGUGAGUUCGCUGCAUUUGGCCAAUACGGCGGGGGAUGUGGUGAAGAGGUGGGCGAAUGAAGCUCAGGAAGCGUUGAACAGUGACAACAUUAUGGUGCAGUACCAUGGGCUGGGUUUGCUGUAUCAUAUUAGGAAGGCGGAUCGGUUGGCGGUCACGAAGCUGGUGAACCGGCUGACGAAGCAGAACUUGAAGAGUCCGUACGCGGUUUGCUUUUUGAUCCGGAUUGCAUGCAAGAUUAUUGAGGAGGAAGAUGCGGCCGGGAAUUCGAACGCCGAGUCGCCGUUGUUUGACUUUGUGGAGUCUUGCUUGAGGAACAAGAGCGAAAUGGUGGUUUACGAGGCGGCGCACGCGUUUGUCAACUUGAAGCGGACCAAUCCGAGAGAGUUGUCUACGGCGGUUAGCAUUCUGCAGUUGUUCUGUGGAUCGUCGAAGGCAACGCUACGUUUCGCGGCGGUUAGAACGAUGAACAAGGUUGCGAUGCUGCAUCCGCCGGCGGUCAAUGUGUGCAAUCUGGACUUGGAGGGGUUGAUUGCGGACUCGAACCGUUCGGUGGCUACGCUGGCCAUUACGACGCUGCUGAAGACCGGUGCCGAGAGUUCGGUCGAGCGUUUGAUGAAGCAGAUUGCGACGUUUGUGGCGGAGAUUUCCGACGAGUUCAAGGUUGUUGUUGUGCAGGCGAUUCGUGCGCUUUGCUCAAAGUUCCCUCGCAAGCAUGGAGUCAUGAUGAACUUCUUGAGCGGAAUGCUGCGCGAGGAGGGAGGUCUGGAGUACAAGACCUCGAUCGUUGACACGAUCAUCCUGAUCAUCGAGGAGAACAUGGAAGCCAAGGAGUCGGGUUUGUCGCAUUUGUGUGAGUUUAUCGAGGAUUGCGAGCACACUUCGCUCGCCGUCCGAAUCUUGCAUCUGCUUGGCAAGGAGGGUCCGUACUCGAAGGCUCCGUCCCGUUACAUCCGGUUCAUCUACAACCGGGUGAUCCUGGAAAACGCCACCGUGCGUGCGGCUGCCGUGGCCGCCAUCGCCCAGUUCGGAGCGUCUUGCGCCGACCUGCUGCCGAACGUGCUGGUGCUGCUGAACCGCUGCCAGAUGGACACCGACGACGAGGUGCGCGAUCGAGCCACCUACUACUACACCAUUCUGAGCUCGGGCAAUCCGGAGCUGAACAAGCAGUACAUUACGGAGAACGGAAUCGUUUCGCUGCCGCUGUUGGAGAAAUCCCUUAAGGAGUAUCUGAACGGACCGCUAACGGAGCGGUUCGACCUGUCGGUGGUGCCCAAGUCGCAGACCGUACAGCCGGAGGUCACCGACGAGGUCAUGAUCAUGAACAAUGCCGUUCCGAAGGUGGCGCGCAUCACGCGCGAGGAGGCCAACACCGAGAAGCUGCUGCAGAUCCCCGGCAUUCACCGGCUCGGCGCGCUGCACAAAUCUUCCAGCCCGGUGCAGCUCACGGAGAGCGAGACGGAGUACACCGUGUCCUGCAUCAAGCACUGCUUCGGCAAUCACAUCGUUUUCCAGUUCGACUGCGUCAACACCCUGUCCGACCAGCUGCUGGAGAACGUGCGCGUCGAUCUGGUUAUACCGGACGGGUUCAUCACGCGAGCGGUCAUUCCGUGCGCCAAGUUGCCGUACGGCGAAAAGGAGUCCACCUACUGCAUCGUUGAGUUCCCGCCAGAUCUGCCGAACUCGAUUGCGGCCUUUGGCGCCACGCUGCGGUUCCUGGUGAAGGACUGCGACCCGUCGACGGGCCUGCCCGACUCGGACGAGGGCUACGACGACGAGUACAUGUUAGAGGACAUUGAAAUUACCGUCGCGGACCAGAUCCAAAAGUCCAAGAAGCAGAACUUUAACGCCGCGUGGGACAGUGCCGAUACUGAGGAAUGGGUCGAAGCGGAGGACACCUUCGAGCUGUCGACGGUCAACAGCCUGCAGGAGGCGGUAAACACCAUCCUGAAAUUCCUCGGUCUUGCCCCCGCCAACCUGUCCGAGAAGGUGCCGGACGGAGCGGCGACGCACACGCUGCUGUGUUCAGGCACAUUCCGCGGCGACGUCGAGGUGCUGGUUCGCUCCAAGCUGGCCGUCUCGGACGGCGUCACGAUGCACCUGACGGUGCGAUCAACGGACUCGGAGGUGGCGGAACUCAUCACGUCCGCGGUGGGUUAAUCAGGUUUAAGCCCCUUUACACACACACACAUACACACAUGCUCUUACUUAUCUCGUUUUCGUGCAAGGCAAGAUGAAAGGAAAAGAAAACAAAUGUUCUUUUUUAUGUUAUAAACAUUGGAAAUAGUAGUAUCUUUAUAUAAUUAGUAGUAGAAGGAACAUAAACACACACAGCAAGUGAGUAGGGAGUAAAACAACCAGCAGACUCUAGUGUUAAGUUUUUCGCCGGCAUUCGUUAGUGACUAUCCUAGAGGAAACAAACAAAACAAAGCAAAACAAUAGAUGAGUGGCACCUGUUUGGGCUGAAGAAGGAAAAAAGUGGAAAAGAAUCACGAGUAAAAUUAUGUGGAACGAAGAUGUGAAUAACUGUAUUAAUACUUAUACAAAACCCCAGAAUCGAGAGGAAAAAAUAUAAAUCUUUUCUUUUAAUCAACCAACCCAAAUCUGUAGUAAAUGGAGAAAACUUUGGCCAAGCGCAUUAUAAAAA